GGAGACAUAAAACUGGUAAAGAAUCUAACUUUUGUCUUCUGUAAGAACAUCUUAAAAAACUCUUGAAAAUUGGACAAUACUUUCUACAUGUACAAAGAGCAAAGCCAAGAAUCUUUGGUUUAAUUAAUAAAAUUUGCCUUGAACUUGAAGCUAUGAACUUUACAACUCUCUAAUAAACCUUUCUUUUAUUACCAACAGCCUUAACAAGAAAAGAACAAUGCAAGUUAGUAUAUAAUGUGGCUUCAUUAUGCCUCAUUCCAAUCAUAAGAACAAACUUCAUUUUCCUCAUUCUUCUUUCUUCUCUCUUCCUCCCGCUUUCGUAGUUUUUCAAAAGGCGAAAUGGCGGGUGAGCAAAUGAAACCUGUUGCCUCUGGACUUCUGGUUUUGAACUUCUGCAUGUAUGUGAUCGUUCUAGGCAUUGGAGGAUGGGCCAUGAACCGAGCCAUCGACCAUGGAUUCGAAGUCGGCCCUAAUUUAGAGCUUCCAGCACAUUUCUCCCCAAUUUAUUUCCCGAUGGGAAACGCAGCCACAGGAUUCUUUGUGAUAUUCGCGUUGCUAGCGGGAGUGGUUGGUGCGGCUUCCACAAUCUCGGGCCUUAGCCACAUUCGUUCGUGGACCAUGGGAAGCUUACCAGCUGCAGCCACAGCUGCAACCAUUGCCUGGACCCUCACAGUCCUAGCCAUGGGUUUCGCUUGGAAAGAAAUCGAGCUACAAGGGCGAAAUGCAAAACUGAGAACCUUGGAGGCGUUCUUGAUCAUACUCUCAGUCACCCAGCUUAUUUACAUCGCAGCAGUUCAUGGCGUGAGGAGACCUUAAGGAAUCAUGGUGUCAGGUUUCUUUUUCUUCCUUUUGUGGCAAUCAUCGGAAACUCGGGAUUGUGUGUGUGAGCGUUUGUAUUUGUGUGUGUGAUUUAUUUCCAUAGGAAGCUUAAGAUAAAUUCAUGCAUUCUUUAUGUACAAAAGGAUUGGAUCUUGUUUUGUGUGUGUCACUUUGUGUUCAUGGAAUAAAAUCAAACUUUUAAGGCUU